AUGGAUUUGUUGAGAGAUAACUAUAGUGACAGUGACAGGGACAGUGACGACGAGGAGAAACGCGCACAAGAUUCCGACGUGGUUGUUCCAGAGUUAUCGGAAGCCGUUUUAGAUAAAUAUAAUAUUGCACCCAGUGUCUCGCGCUUGUACAGUCGAAGAGAUAGUCAAGGAAUGUUCAAUGGUUUUAUUAAUAUACAAUACAGGACGUCGACGGAGAUGAGGAUGAAAUUGUUGCAUAACAUUGUGAAAAUCAAUUCCAAGUGUAAUACGAAGCUGGAGCCGUUGUUCUUUACUGAGCUGGGCUCGCCGGCUGUUCUACAUAUAUCCUUAUCGCAGAAUCUUUUCUUUCAAUCUCAAGAACAAAGGAACUCGUUCUAUCGGCUGCUCGAGCAGAAAAUACACACUGCAGAAAUCCGUCCAUUCGACGUCAAGUUUGAUGCUAGACCAAUCUGGUUUGCUCCGCUGGACACCAAGAGAAAAACGCUGUUUUUGGUUUACAAAGUGGAAGACUUGAUAUUGGAAUCGAAAUUUAAGCCUCUGCAAAACUGUAUCAACAGAUCUUUGAGAGAGAUUUUCCCCGACAAGAGGAUUAAAGAGUUUGAAGUCAGCUUGAAUAAUCUACACAUGUCAAUCGCUAAAAUGCUGGACACUCCAGACACACUCAUACGUAAAUACAACAAGAAGACAAUGGAUCCAUUCUUAGACCCAGAUGAACAUGCCGAAGAAUUCAUGGUUCUGCCGUCCUUCACCGUCAAACAAAUAAAGUGCGACGUUAAUAGGAAAGUCAUUAAUAUAAAGUUGCUGCAUCCUCAGACUUGA